CUAGCAUUUGCCUAUACUGCCUAUGCCCAGGGCCGGCUAUGCCCAAAAGGCCGAGAAGCAAUGGCCCACAAGUGUCUGGGGCCAACUCAAAUUCUUGGCACACAAGUUACUUGUUGUGGUGCCAUGUUUGUAAGUGUGCAUAGCAAACGCUGCUGCUGAUCACCUCCGCCCCAAGGUAAUCUAAGUGCACCUCUGAGUCUUGAAUCAAGACUCAUGAUAGACAGCUGCUUGACAUUUGACACACUCAAAGGGCGCAGCCAUACAGCAAAGCCCACCAAAAAUCACUUAAACUCUUGAACGUUCCUCUCCACGGAAAUCUUUAGUAAAAGGGCGAAAGACUUGUGCAUUUUGAAGAAAAACCAGAGUCAACAUAGCUCCUCUCCUUGAGAGCAGCCAAGGAGUCUAUCCGCCGGAGUCAACGCAGUCUCGGUCGGCCCGGCCGGCCACCAUGGGACAGCCUUUCUUCAAUGUUUUUGGUUUGUCGGCCAUUAAACCGCCCACAUUUGACUGCAUGUUUGGAAGCGCAUUCUUACUGUUGGUUGUGUGCUGCAGUUUUCUAUCGAUCGCUGAGGCUGUGGCACAUUUGAAGCGGCAGCUUCAGCAGCAGACUCAGGAAGACAAAGACUCAGGAAGACAAAGACAAAGGAGUCUAAACCGGAGUCUAACAAUGAGGCUAAUGAGGCCAAGUACCUGGCUGCAAUUGUUUUUCUAACUUUCACAUAUGUGCACUUUUUCCAUUCCUGUUUAUGUUUCCUCUCGCAGAUAUUACAAACCUCACAUUCACUCACAGCAUCACCGUAAUCUAUCCUCACUUAUAUAUCCCACCCGCUCCUCACACAUCCAACACCUUGUUGCAGGGGGCCUGUGUGCCAGUCAGCUACACGCAAGACUGAGUUCAUCUCUGGCUUUGCUACUGAGCAAUGCCUGGACUUCCUUGCUCUCACUGAGACUUGGAUACUACCCUCCAACACAGCCACCCCUGUGGCUCUCUCCUCCACCCACUCUUUCUCCCACACACCCAGAUCCACUGGAAGAGGUGGUGAGACAGGUCUGCUCAUCAACCCCAGCUGGACUUUCACUCUUUACCCACUGCCACACUUCUCUUCACAGUCAUUUGAAUGUCAUGCUGUAACUAUAACUCACCUAGUAAAACUAAUCAUUGUUCUCAUCUACCGUCCACCAGGCCCAUUGGGACACUUCUUGGAGGAACUGAUGUCCUCCUUUCAAACAUCGCAGAAAAUGGCCCACCACUUGUUCUUCUUGGCGACUUCAACAUCCAGUCAGAGUAGUCAUCCGAUCUACUUAUUUUAAUUUCCUCUCUUUCUCUCUCACUUGCUCCUUCUCCACCAACUCAAAAAGCUGGCAACCACCUUGACCUAAUUUUCACCAGAAACUGCUCCACCUCUAACCUCAAGGUAACUCUACUUCAUGUCUCUGGUCAUUUCUUCAUAUCCUACUCUCUCCCACUCUCCCAAUCUGAUGAUCUCAUCUCAUCAGAUAUUGCACUUGUCCGUCUUAACAUUCGAUCUCUCUCCCCCUCCUCUCUGUCCUCAACUGUUCUAUCAGCACUUCCUUCAGCUGACUCCUUCUCCCUCAUGCAUCCCUCUCUUGUUUACAUGUUGCACAACAUCCAAAGGAUACGACCUCUUCUAACCCAGAAGGCAGCACAGGUUCUGGCCCAGCCUCUUGUCAUCUCACGCUUGGACUACUGCAACUCCCUCCUGGCUGGUCUCCCUGCGUGUUCCAUAUGACCUCUGCAACUCAUCCAGAAUGCAGCAGCUCGACUGGUCUUCAACUUACCAAAAUUCUCCCACACUACACCGCUCCUCCACUCCCUUCACUGGCUUCCUAUAGCUGUUCGCAUCCGCUUCAAGACUCGAUCCAUGCUACAAACGGAUCCGGUCCAGCCUAUUUCACCAUUCAAGUGCCACAACUGCAACAACAAUCAACUUUCUACUGAGACAGACAAACCCAACUUAAAGGGUUUUUUCGAUCAGUUUGAUCAAACCUUAAUUAUUUUGGAAGAUUAUUUGUUCUUUAUUCAAUACAUAUUUGAUACUUGCUCUGCUUUCCUUUUCCAGAUCAACGCUGAGUUUAUGCGAAUUACAACAGUUCCCUUGGAGACAAAGUUCUUGGCGCAGUUGGACAAGCACAUGUCCAAACUGCUGGAUGUCAUCAGGAGCAAGGGAGGACGUGUGCAAGAACAGACCAAGAGGACCUUGCAGGUUUUAGAUGAGACUGUGGACAUCACAAUAAGAAGAGAGUGCAUCCUUAAAUCUUUGAUGAUCUACCUGGGUGAACCUGUUCAUCACCUCAUCAAAGAAUACCAGGAAAAUGAAGCUGACGAACUGGAGCAGGCAACGAUGGCUAUCGUUGUCAGUGGACAAGAGGACAUUAAAAUAGUCAUCGAUGGAAUAGAGGUCCUGAAAGAGGUGCCCACAACUGCUGCGGCUGUUGCAAUGUUCUUCGGGCUCACCUACACACUCAAACUAAAAUAUCCGAAAAAUUUGCAGCACACCCUUGAAUUUGUGCAAAAAGUCCUGAUGGAGCUUGGUGGAAAAAAUAUGUCCCCAAAAGUUCAUAGGCUGAGCACCCUGCUUUACAACCCAGAGUAG